UGUUGUGUCAAGUUCUGUCGAAGGGUUAUGAGGACUCGAAACAUCAACUCUUUUCUUCUCCGCCAAUGCUGCCAGACCUGUUGAGUUUUUCCAGGUAAUUCUGUUUUUCCUUUGUUGUGAGUCGGACUCGGUGGAAACGGGAGAAGAAACCGGGAAGCGGCGGCCAGGAUGGGGGAGGCGCUGCAGCAUCGCUUUAAUGGGCAGCCCCCACCCCCCAGCCCGGAGAGGUCACCGCACGGCCGCCGGGCACGGCCUCUGUCAUUUGGCCUCUGAGAGCCGCACUCGCUGUUCCUGAGGCUGCGCUCGCCCCCCGCUCAGUUCCUCCAUUGAAUCCUGUUUCUCUCCUUGUUUUUCCCAACUCAGAUUCACCGCCUCAUUUUCUUUUCUUCCUCUGAGCCCCUGAACUCCAUCUGACAGGGUCAUGUUGGAGAGCGGGCAUUGACUGUCCUGGGAAACAACAGCAAGAGGAGCUCAGAGGCCGGAGGGGCAAAGGGAGCAGCGAGUUCAGUCACCAAUCGGGGGGAUUGAGGACUGGACCCUGAGUCAGUCAGUCAGGGGAGUCAGAGUGAACCCCUGGGGAAUCAGUCAUCUCUGAAAAAUUAACCGAGUAUCUCUUUUAUCAACAACACAAUUUAAUAUUUGUCAGUUUAAAUUUUUUUAUAUUCUUUGUUACCUCAAACCCAGGACAUCUCUGCAGGAAUUCCUCAGGGCAGAAUCCUGGGCCCAACCAUCUUCAGCUGCUUUAUCAAUAACCUUUCUUCCAUCAUAAGUCAGACUUGGGAAUAUAUUGUGGUUCCUUCACUGUCGCUGCGUUGAAAUCGUGGAACUCCCUCCCUAACAGCGUCGACAUCACAUGGACUACAGCAGUUCAAGGAAGUGAAUAGGAAGAUUUGCUGACAGGAAACUCAAACCAAACAUCAUGUCAAAACCUGACAGAUUCACUCAAUACAUCAGGCGCUGGAUAUCAUUGAACCAUUAAUAUAGAAGGAGAAAGUUAACAGCCUGAAAAAGCAUCGCACCUUUCACAGUGGGAAUAAACUGUGUGUGGACGAGGUUUGAUCUGACCAUCCAAUAUGGACCGCCACAAGGACACCGGCACCAUGGAGAAACCGUGGAAAUGUGGGGACUGUGGAAAGGGAUUUGGUUCCCCAUCAAAGCUGGAAAUUCAUCAACGCAGCCACACUGGGGAGAGGCCGUUUACCUGCUCCAUGUGUGGGAAGGGAUUCACUCAUUCAUCCAACCUUCUGAGACACCAGCACAUUCACACUGAGCAGAGUUCAAUCAUCUGCUCCAUAUGUGGGAAGGCAAUCAGUCAUUCAUCAAACUUUCAGAGACACCAGCAAACUCACAGUGGAGAGAGGCCAUUCACCUGCUCCGUGUGUGGGAAGCGAUUCACUCAGUCAUCCUACCUGCUGACACACCAGCGCAUUCACACGAGGAAGAGUCCGUUCAUCUGCUCCUUGUGUGGGGAGGGAUUUAAUCGAUUAUCCAGGCUUCUGAAUCACCAGAGAAUUCACACUGGGGAGAGCCCAUACACCUGCUUUAUCUGUGGCAAGGGAUUUAAUCGGCCAUCCAAACUACUGACACACCAGCGAAUUCACACUGGGGAGAGGCCAUUCACCUGCUCCAUGUGCGGGAAGGGAUACAUCAAUUCAUCUGACCUGUUGACACAUCAGCGAGUUCACACUGGUGAGAGGCCAUUCACAUGUUCCAUGUGUGGAAAAGGAUUCAUUCGGUCAUCCCACCUUCUGACACAUCAACUUGUUCAUACUGAUCAGAGACCUUUUAAAUGUUUUGACUGUGAGAAGACCUUUAAAAGUGAAAAGGAUCUGAUUACACACCAGCGAGUUCACACUGGGGAGAGGCCAUUCACCUGCUCUGUGUGUGGGAAGGGAUUCACUCAGUCAUCCUCCUGCCUGACACAUCAGCGAGUUCACAAGUGACUAUGGGGAUUGAAAUCCGUGGUUACUGUUGCUGUUAAUCUUGUUCAGGAUUGAAUGUUUGUUUCUGCAGAAAUAUAAUUGUGCAAAGAUGGGUGGCAGCUCAGAAGACUGGACAGAAUUUAAAAUAAGAAAAGAAUGACUGAAAGAUUAAUAAAGAGGGAAAAGGUCAAGUAAGAGAGAAAACUAGUUAGAAAUAUAAAGACAGAUAGUAAGAGUAAAUAUUGAUAUUUAAAAAUGAAAAGAGUUAAAGUGAGGGUUGCUGCAUAGAAAGUGAGUCUGGCGAGUUAAUAACGGAAAAUAAGGAGAUGGCAGAUGAA